UUUUUUAAAUGUAUAACUUGAUGGGUCUCAACGGCACCGCCGGAGUCAACCAGCCGAAUGUCUCCUGUACAUGCAACUGCAAACGGUCUUUGUUUCAGAGUAUGGAGAUCACCGAGUUGGAGUUUGUACAGAUAAUCAUAAUCGUGGUGGUGAUGAUGGUGAUGGUGGUGGUCAUCACGUGCCUGCUGAACCACUACAAGCUCUCUGCGCGGUCCUUCAUCAAUCGGCACAGCCAAGGGCGGAGGAGAGAGGAAAACCUAUCAUCAGAAGGAAGCUUGUGGCCUUCAGAAAGCACAGUAUCAGGAAAUGGCGUAACAGAGCAGCAGGUCUACACGCCAAGACCGACGGACAGGCUAGCAGUUCCAUCCUUCUUGCAGAGGGACCGUUUCAACAGAUUCCAGCCGACCUACCCCUAUAUGCAGCAUGAGAUCGACCUGCCGCCCACCAUCUCUCUCUCGGACGGGGAAGAGCCCCCUCCUUACCAGGGGCCCUGCACCCUGCAGCUCCGGGACCCCGAGCAGCAGAUGGAACUCAACAGGGAGUCUGUCCGAGCGCCCCCCAACCGAACCAUCUUCGACAGUGACCUGAUAGAUAACUCGGUGUACGGCGGGCCUUGCCCUCCCAGCAGCAACUCGGGCAUCAGCGCGACCUGUUACGGGAGCAACGGCAGGAUGGAAGGCCCGCCCCCCACGUACAGUGAGGUCAUAGGCCACUUCCCCGGCUCAACGUUUUACCAGCACCAGCAGAACAACAGCGGGAUGCCCUCGAUACUGGAGGGCGGCAGGCUCCACCCUCCGACUCAAAUCAGUAGCCUCGAGAGCACAACGGCGUGGAACAAAGAUAAAGAGAAACAAAAAGGCCACCCCUUUUAAAAAGGAAACAAA